GAGGGGAGGAGGACUACAGGGAGCCCCCCCUCCCUCCCCUCGGUCCGUAUCCUCAUAGAGGCGGGUGAAAGGAGAGCUGCUGCCUUCCUGCGACUGAGGAACCCUUCCCCUUCCAAGGCCCUCGGGGAGGGACUCUCUGGGGUCUGGCCAUGCGGAGCAGGGGGUAGCAGAAUGAGACCCCGGACCCUCGCCUCGGCCCUUGAUCUCUGUAUGCAAUGGACACUGAUCUCAGUUCCCAAGACAGGAAGGACUUGGACAAGUUUAUCAAAUUUUUUGCCUUGAAGACUGUACAAGUGAUUGUCCAAGCCCGACUUGGAGAAAAGAUUUGUACUCGAUCCUCAUCCUCACCAACAGGCUCUGAUUGGUUCAAUUUGGCAAUCAAAGAUAUACCAGAAGUUACUCAUGAAGCAAAAAAAGCCUUGGCAGGACAGCUGCCUGCUGUUGGGCGGUCUAUGUGUGUGGAAAUCUCUCUCAAAACCUCUGAGGGGGAUUCCAUGGAGCUUGAAAUCUGGUGUUUAGAGAUGAAUGAAAAAUGCGAUAAAGAAAUUAAAAUUUCCUACACUGUGUAUAAUAGACUGUCUCUAUUGCUGAAAUCCUUGCUUGCUAUAACAAGGGUGACUCCUGCCUAUAGACUUUCAAGGAAGCAAGGUCAUGAAUAUGUAAUAUUGUACAGAGUGUAUAUAUUUUUGAUGGGGGUUAUGUAGGGUUUCAGAACAGUCCGUGUUGGGACAGUGGUACUCUAUUGGGCACCAUCACUUGUUCCGUGCUUAUAGAAGCAACUUAGCUUUCUGUCUACCAGGCAGUUUGAGAGGACCCACCUAUCAUGGGGAUUAUCAUUGAUCCUUGUGGACCGUCCCUACCCCAGCUCCUCACCCAUGCACCCCUGCAAUUACAGAACUGGUGAGGAAAAUGUAGUUGCAUACCCUUCUGUGGAAGAUUCCCAAGAAGCAUGUACUACUUCUUUUUCUACUUCUCCACCAUCCCAGCUCUCCAGCUCUCGUCUUUCUUAUCAGCCUGCAGCCUUGGGAGUUGGAUCAGCUGACUUGGGCUAUCCAGUGGUCUUUGCUGGCGGCUUGAGUGCUGCACAUCCUCAGCAGUUGGUUGUUCCAGGGAAAGAUGGAGGAGUGCCCUUAAUUCCUAGUCAACCAAUGCAUGGAACUCAGGCUGAUCAUGAAAGAAUGGUAACAUGCACUCCUUUGGAUGGAGGCCACUAUUCUGCUGUUACUCCAUCCAGCAGUGAGGACACAGAAACGGUAUCUAAUAGUAGUGAAGGAAAGAGUGGAUCUCCUCAUGACCUCUUGGAGACCAUCUUUGUCCGGAAGGUGGGAGCCUUUGUCAAUAAGCCCAUCAAUCAGGUGACCAUGGCCAGUUUGGACAUUCCUUUCGCUAUGUUUGCUCCCAAGAACAUUGAGCUGGAAGAUAAUGACCCCAUGGUGAAUCCUCCUGGCUCUCCAGAAACUGAGUCUCCUCUCCAGGGCAGUCUACAUUCAGUGGGCUCCAGUAAUAGCAGCAGUGGAAACAUCCAUGACGAUUUUGUUAUGGUAGAUUUUAAACCAGCAUUUUCUAAAGAUGACAUCCUCCCAAUGGACUUGGGGACAUUUUAUCGUGAGUUUCAGAAUCCUCCUCAGCUCAGCAGCCUUUCCAUUGAUAUUGGGGCUCAAUCCAUGGCAGAAGAUCUGGACUCACUUCCAGAGAAACUGGCAGUCCAUGAGAAAAAUGUCAAAGAAUUUGAUGCCUUUGUAGAGACUUUACAGUAAAGUUGAGCCUCUUCUACAACAACAGCACCAAACUUCCUCUUGGACACCUUGGAAAAGGAAGCCCAUAAAUUGUGCCUCCUUCUUCUCUCAAUGUCUUGUGAUGCCCUGUCAGCCCAUUUACUAGGCACUGAUUGCUUUGAUCCAUCAGAUGGAGAAACAAUUAUAUGUCUUUGAACUUGACCUUGGAAUGGGGAUGGAUUUCUUUCCUCUCAGUUUCAAGUUUAUACAGUAUGUAAUACAAUGCAUUAGGAAAAGAAGAUCAAGGCCCUUUUUUCCAUUCUCUGGUCUGAUUCAAGACGUUCCAGAGCUGCUUCCUGCAUCAACUAGGUUAUAAGAUCUGCUUUCUAAAGGGCAUUAUUUUCAUUUGCAUUGCAUUACCACCAGGCAGAAUAUACUCUGACUGAACCUAACUGUCUUGAGGAUUGGACAGAUUCUGCUAGAAUGGGUUCAAACACCAGCUUAGCAGAAUCAGCCUGUCUUCAACAAGUACAAUUAAGGCAUUAGGGCAAGGAACAAAUGUUUACCUUUAGUGCUCUAAACAAGGCAAAUACAAUUUUGCAUACAUGUAUGUCGGAAGCAGUAAGUGAUGGACCAGUGUGAUGUACGGUUGGAAAGCAAUCCACAAAAACAGAAAGAAAUGCUUUCUGUAUAUUACCUGCCAACACAAGUGUAUGUCAAUAUAAUACUUCCCCAAGGGCACAGACAAAAUGUGUGGCAUUUGGAGAUGAUUUCACUAAGAAGUUGUAAAUAAUGAGUUAGGAAUCCUAAUUCUCUAGGGUUAUUUAAUUAGGGGUCUUUAGUCCAAAGUUCUUUUCUUGAUUCCCUCUCAGAUGUUGCUGCUCUAUAAUAAGAUAAAUAAGAAAAAUAUUUAUUACUCUAAAGGAAACCUAUAUUUAAAGAAAAAAAUGUAUGUGAUGUUUUCACUUUGUCAUGCAGUCAUAUUGGCUGCCCUGUCCUUGUAUAAGAGUCCUGUACCAAACAAUCCUUUUCUCUCCCCCUCCAACCCCCCCCCAACUCCACAGAGUAUACCAUAAUAUCUAUUUUCAGAAACAGACAUGAAUAUUCUGGGAAAAUCCUCUCUCUUGGAAGCUGAUUUGAUUUCCAUUCUGCCCUGUUAAGAGUCCAUGGAUGUCAUAAAUAAAAUGCACAAGAUGGUGCAGUGAAUUUCCAGGAAGUUUUUUAAAAGCUGGAUUUUGACAGUCUAGGAAAAUAAGCUCAGUGUGAUCUACCAUUAGAAAAUAGCUUAUUCAAAGAAGCACAUUUUAAAGAGAUUUGUGGUAGUUAGGUUUUGAUUUGGCUAGAGGUUUAUUUUUGUAGUGAGCUAGCCAUUAAGCAGUGUGGUUGGCUGGCAUUGCUGUAUCUUGUUAUCUGUUCUGCAUCCUUCAUCAAGUAUGAGGAAAGGAAGAGAUGAAGCAGUAUAUGCACAAGCUCAGGGAUAAGCUGGACUCUGGGCACAACUCAUUUUUGCUAUUUUAAAUCAGGCUAAGGCUGCAGUCCUGUACAAAAUCCUUUGGAAGUAAGUCUCAUUAAACACAGAAAUUUACUUCUGAGUAUAUAUGCUAAGAGUUGCACUGUAAAAUGCUGAAGAAAGCCCAUUUAUCCCUCCUCUACUAUUGCCUGCUAUCUUAGAUUUUAUUUCUUAAUAACUGUAGGCCUUUUUACAUUUGAAGGACUUCGGUGGCUUCCUGAUUAAAAUAGAUGUUAAUUCCACAAAGUGCAGUGCGCCAUUCUUCAACCUGAAAGGGAUAUUUGGAAGAGGAUUGAGAGCAAUGAUACUUGUCUAACCAUGUAGUCUCUGGAGCUUUUUAAUCCUUGCUGCUUCAUAGAAAACAGCUGAAGGCUCAAUUUCUUGCCUUCUAGCAAAUUUGUUUUGCAUUACUUACUCAAAUUGUGAGAGGCUUAUUGAUACAGACUUGAAAGUGACAUUUAAGAUUUUUAUUCAAAUUAAAUAGCAAGCAAUAUCAUUACAUGUCAUUGAUCAUGAAAAACACACUUAAAUCCAGUUUCUGACUUAAAUUGCUCUGAUGUAGUUAUCUCUUGCCACAAAUGAUAUCUACAUCAAAACAGCCCGAAAGGCAUCUCAGAAUCUGCAGGAGAGAAAUAUUACAAUUCUUAGUCACAAUGUGUGCAUAAUUUAGGGCCUUAGCUCUCAGGCUAAAGCUUUUAUCCUUCCUGCCAGCCUGGAAUAUGAACACAUGUACGCUACAUUGUAUUCCUUGUGUUUCCAAUGAAGUGUCCAAGACGAGUGAUAAUCUUGAUAUAGAGCCAGUCUUCCUUGUCUAAACAGGUUGGUUUUAAAGCAUAAACACCAGAAGAACCUGUUUAGGAAAAUCAAAAAACAUUUGGCAGUGUUCAGGUAUGUUAACUGCUUGCAGUUAAAUUGUUCAUGCUGUGAUGAUCAAAUUGAAUUUUUCCUGCCAACUAUGUUGAGCUUAAUAGGUUGCUGGUAUGUAUUUUGUGCUCCCCAAAAGAAACUGUAGAUACAUCUCAGGAUACUUAAAACAUAGUCGUUUUAUUAGUCUGGUGUAUUUUGUCUGUAUAUAUUCAUGAGGCCUUCAUGUGAAGCUAUUUAGAAUAACCUUCAGCCUUUGCUCUAUGUUUUUACUUGUCUAGUAAAUGAUUUGAGAAUUCCUGAUCCAGAGAUUUCUGAACUUUGUUUCUAAUAGUCCAUGUGGAAGACCAUAAGAGUACACACAAACUGAAACGUACUGAGCUUUUUGUUCUUGUCGUUUUUACACUAAUAGAAUGACCAUCUUUUGAGCAUUUUGAGACAUGUCUCCAGUUUCUUCAGUAGAUUCCAUUGGAUACUUAAGUAUUUUGUGCAUCUUCCUACUCAGGAUCUUUCCUAUCACAGUGAUCCUUUCCUUGAUCCUCAUUUUUAUACUGUGAUGGUUGAAGGAGGGCAAGCACAAAGAUUGCUUGUGCAGUUUUAGAUUAAAAGUCACAACUGUAUCUCUGAAGGGAACUGCCAUAGUAGACUGCUUCUGCUGGUAAUAGUUGUCAAGGGAUAGAGAAUGUACAGAGCGGCUGGGUUUUCUCAGAAUAAUGAACGACAUUCUGUGUGGUUUUUGGAACACUGACACCUUGCUUAUUCUAAAAGUAAAUUGCUCCUUAGUUCUGCCUUAUCAACACAUUAAUUUACUAGCUGAAAUCAAACCUGCUCAAGGAAGGAUCCAGUUUUUGCAGAAUUUCAAAGAAAAAUACUGACCACUUACUUAACCUUGUUCUGUACUAUAAUUAAAAUGCUUAUGUUGAAGGGGAAAGAUCCUAAAUUACAUUUCUUUGGAAAUAGUUUUCAGAGUACUUCAACAUGUAUUAAUAUAAUUUACAAUAAAACUUUUAUGUAUGUUACUCUUAAA